AUGGCCGCGGCCGUCGCAACAACGCUCAAUGUGGCUGAUGAUGGCAGUGAUGACGGCCAGUGCAGGACCAAGCGGGAGAGUUUCUUCAGUGCGGACGCAGGAGCAUACGCAGGUCAGUCAGCAGGAACUGGUGGUGGUACUCCUACUCCCGUUGGGUCCACGGACCUUGCUGGCUGGCCUCCGCCAGCAAAGAGGAAAUCCGAGGUGCCAACCUUCUUAGCCAACCAAGCAGCGCGAUCAAUGCCUCGGCCAUUGCUUUGUUCGAGCUUGCUUGUCACGCUGACGUACUGGUUCUGCUUCGUGUAUUCGCAGGUUGUUCAUCAAAAUACAGCGGCGUCUUGGGAGAUCCGGGCCACUUUCAAGAACUUCGAGAACAUCAUGGACCGGAGAACCAGCAAGUUGAAAGCAGACGUUGGUGAUGAACCCGACGACAUCGUUUUCAAGGACUACUCAGAGAUGUACACGUGGCUUCGCGACGGCUACUUACCCCUGCUUUGGGAAGAAGGCCCAUAUGGCCGGGGCCUCCUCGCCGGCCGGAUGCGCCUAGUGGGGGGCGUCCGUUUAUCUCGGCAGAGGGCGCAGCCAGUCAAAUGCAGCGGUGAGUCGUCAGAGAAGCGGUGGGUGGAUGCCAUCUACAAUCAGUCCUGCUUCUCGGCGGGUGGUGAGACCACGAUAGAGGAGGACACCUACUGGUUGGACAUCAUGGAGGACCAGAAUACCAUGCUGGAGCAUUUGCUCCACCUUGAGACAAGCGGCUGGAUCACUCGGGAAACCAUAGAAAUUUCAAUUCAAGCCUUCUACUUCAACGCGCAGAGCGAGAACUUUGUGCUGACGCAGGUUGAGUUCUCCUUGGAGGACACUGGGUACCUGCAUGGUGAGAACGAGGUCCUGAUGGUUCCCUCGGACAUCUACUCCGCCAAGGGCCGCUUCUUUCUUUCGAACGUGGGCGCAGAUGUCUUGGCGGGCUUUUGCCUGGCAGCGUGCCUCUUCGUCGAGGUGCUGAUGUGGCGCCAAGCAGUCAAGAAUUUGGAGCUCAAGGCCUUCAUUUUCAACAUCUACCGCCUUGCCAACCUCUUGAGCUUCGUGGGCGGCAUCGUCUACCUUUGCUACUAUGCCUACCUCAGCGGCUCCGUGGACCAGAUCGCCUUGAAGCUUUCCGAGCUUAGUGACUUGCAGGACCAGGGCUUCAUGGCUCGCGUUCCCGGUCAACUCACCGGGGCGCGGUACAGCUUGCUCGACGAGAUUCACGACCUUGCGUUUGAAGCCUCCGUCUUAUAUCGGGGAGCGCAGUGGAUUUGCUUUUGGUACAUGCUCGUGCUCCUCAUCAAAUUCGGGGAAGGCAGCAAGCGCGCAUAA